CCUACCGCUUUAGGCCCUGCUCCUGACGACACUGCUACGGCUCGCUUUGCCCGUCAGCGCGCUGACCGGACGGCUUGGACGUCGCGUGACGCUGCGGCCUGCAUCGCACUCAGCAGCCUCCUCCCUGAGUCCGAGGAGGUCCACUUUACUCAGGUUCGCACCGCUGCUGCGUACCUCACUGCGAUUAAGGCCCGCUACUCUACUCCCGCUACUGUCUCUCUCGGCCGUCUUUUCCUCCCGUUCCUGUUUCCUGAUCUUGCCUCGUUUGAGCGCUCUGCUGACUUGAUCGCUCACCUCCGCUCGCUCGACGCUAGUUACCGCGCUGCUUGCACUGAGGCACAGCUUGCACUGCUUCCUCCCCCCAUGGCGAUUACUGUCUAUUUCAUCGCCACUAGCCUCCCUGACCGCCUUGCCUCAGUUCGUGACGCGCUUCUGCUGAAGCACCCUAGUGAGCUGACUAUCGAGGUCCUUGAGUCUGCACUCAAGGACGUCGAGAGCAACCUUCGUUCGGUAGCUGCCGCCUCUGGUACUGUGUCCCCCCCACUCUUCCACGGGUGCACAGUACCGCAGUUACCCACCUUCACUGCCUCUCUUGCCACUGCCGCUACUGAUGCGACUGCGGCUGCUGUUACGACUGCGUCGCGGUCCCGCGGCAGGGGGGCAAGAAAGGUGGUUCCGGUGGAGGUGGAGGCGGAGGUAGCGGAGGUAGUGGGGGUGCUGUUGCGACUGGCGGUGGUGGGAGUGCAGCGUCUGGAGAGACCCCUCGUGCAGCGGCUGGUGACUCCGCUGCACCUGCUGGUGGCGGUGACCCUCGAGCUCGUCAGUCGCCUCCUGUACUGCCGGCCCCGCUAG